AUGGCUCUCGCCGUUCGAGUCGUUUAUUGUGGUGCUUGAGGCUACAAGUCCAAGUAUCUUCAGCUCAAGAAGAAGUUAGAAGAUGAGUUUCCUGGUCGCCUGGACAUCAGUGGCGAGGGGACUCCUCACGUCACCGGGUUCUUUGAAGUCAUGGUAGCAGGAAAGUUGAUCCACUCUAAGAAGAAAGGUGAUGGCUACGUGGACACAGAGAGCAAGUUUCUGAAGCUGGUAGCUGCCAUCAAAGCCGCUUUGGCUCAGGGGUAA